GGAGACCUCCUCUUCCAAAACAGCCGCAGUUCACUAAAGUCUCCGUAAGCUAGAACACGUGAUGACGACGAUACAGGGAUGAGCUCAUCAGUGCUUUGCAGUUUAGACGAGGCUGAAUAUUUAAUCAGCUCUGACUUCUGUCCUGUAAUUGUAUCCACUUCCUGUCAUUAGACAAACACACCUGUCCCCCCUCGCACAGAUGCACCUGUCCCAGACAAUGCCCCACUAUCUGCCCCGUCAUUAAACCCUCAGCUCCUCUUCCUCGCUGACCGCCCGCCCCUCCCUGCUGCUGCUCAUUGAUCUGAAGUCCUGGGAGGAUCAGAUAAGAACCGGGUCGACCUCAGGGUCACAGAUCCAGCCCCCCGCGGGACAAAGACCACUCUGUGGGCCCCCCCCCCUGUCAGGACCCCACCUCCUUAAAAGCCUCAAAUACCUGCACAGGAACCAAACCAUGAUAAGCUCCUGCUCAGGUGUCACCUGAUAGCCAAUAAGAGCUGAACUGAAGGGGAUAAAGGUGCCCACCCCUCCUCCCCUCACAUACUCAGGUAGGACUGAUAAACAGUUAGUGGAGCUGAGAGUUCGCUCUGUUGGGAAACAAGACGACAAAAGCCCUAAAGAAGCUUCUACCCUCUGCUCACGUCCAUCAGAGCUGAUUCAGUACGAUGCCUCAGAGUUUAACACGAACCUUCAUUCAAUGAAGAAACGACUUCUGCAGCCGCUACGCCACGAAUAAGGUACGAGUCAUGUUUGUGACGUGGAUUUUCGUGAUAUCUGCUGCCCGAUGCGCGCUUUCUGCCAGCUCCAUCUUCUGCCCGGACGCCGGCGACCCGAGCGCAGAUCACAUGACCGACUGUCUCGGCCUGCGCUUCACCUGGCUCCACUCGGUCUUCGAUAAUUUCCCCUCGCUGGUGAAUUUCGCUCUGCAGCUCCGCUGUGCGACGGGGCUUUGUCCACGCGACCUGGAAGAUUACGGCUGCUCCUGCAGAUACGCGGCGGCCGGAAACCCCGCGGAUCCUCUGGACGUCUGCUGUCAGACUCACAGGUUGUGUUACCUGGACGCUGCCCCCUGCAGGCAGCAGCCGUCUCUGCUCCCAGAAAACUUCACCUGUUCGGCCUCGAACAUCAGCUGUGAUGCUGCUUCUUGGUGUCAGCAGAGGUUUUGUGAAUGCGACCAGGCGGCCAUCGACUGCAUGACUCAGAGUCCAUACAACUCAACCCUGCGAGGCCUGGCGGACUCAGCCUGCUCUGCUACAAAUCAGACAGACUUGCCGGGCAGCACCGCUGAGACCGGCCAAACCUUCAGAGAUGUUCUCUCAGCAGGAAACGACUCUGCCAGCUUCCCGCUCUCCAACUCGUCCUUCCUGUCAGCAGCAGAGAUCGACGCCUUAAUGACCGGAGCGGAUAACCAGAGCGACACCGCGGGGACGGAUGGUGACCUCAUCACACCGCCGCCGGGCACGCCCACCUCGAUGACGUCCUCUGAUUGGCUCACAGAGUUUGAAGGUGACUUCGAGGCAGAAGAAGAGGAAGAGACGCCGCACACGAGUCUGACCUCUGAAGAUCUGAACGAGGCCGUGACAGAGGAAGCACUCGAGCUGGAAGAGAUAAAUGCGGAUCAGACGAGCCGCGGUCCUUCAGCACCCGUCCUCGCAGAUCCAGUUCUGUUCGUCGGUGACGGAGAAACGCCGAGCGAGGCAGAGACAGAGCAUGCUGACCCCACACCUCCGAGCCAAACUACAACUUCUCUGAGGACUACGACUCCCAGAGAGGCUGGAGGAGGUCAGGAGGAGUCGUCUGAGGAAGGUUCAGUCGUGUUCACGACGACGCCACAGAUCAGUCUGUCUGAGAAAACGUCGACCACGUCCAGCACGACGCUCUCAAAGUCCUCUGAAGAAGAGGAAGAGGAGGAGGACGAUGAUGACGAGGAGGAACAGGAAGCUUCAGAUGAACACGUUAAAGUCGUUCUCACGGCGACGGCGGCCAGAUCGGUGACGACACAGACCGUGACCACCGAGGUCACAAAGACGCCGUCCACAAAGACGCCGUCGGCUUCUCAGACAGGUGGAGGAGGAGGCGUCACCGUCACAUCUACACCAGCAACACCUCCACCUCCACCUCCAGCUUCAGCUUCAGCUUCAGCUUCAGAGGAGGCGAGAGAACGAGGCGUCGGCGAGGAGAGCGCGAGGAGAACUGACGGCCCAGACAUCGUUACCACGGUGACACAAAGAUCCUCAACAAGUAGCUCACGACCAGAGCGCAGCACAGGCCGAGCCACCGCCACGACUCCCGGCUCUUCACGGGAAGAAGGGGUCGCACUGCAGACACCUGCUCCUCUCGGCCUCGUGACAGCACGGACGACUCAGCGGACCACGACCUCGCCAUCGACUUCGAUGAGAGACGACUCUCAGACGACGCGAGGACGCCAAGUCACCUCCAGCGCGGCGAGAUCAGAGAUCGCCACGACGACCGGAACCGACACAGCCGAGGCCGAAUCCGAAGAGGCGGAGACGGAGAAACCGGCGUGUGACGAGGGCGAGGAGAGCUCGCAGCAGACAGACGCAGACGACCUGGACGUGGCUCAGAAGAGGACGGUGCCGUUCUUCGCCUGGUCCCUGCUGGAGUCUGUUGGGUUGACCGACAUCCAGCUACAACCAGACAGCAAAGAAUGCAGUCGCUCCUUCACCGUGUACGACAGCGACGGGCGAGCCAGGCGGGAGAUGCCGGCUCUGGGGGAGAUGCUCCACUGCCUGACGGGACGAUGCCCACAUGAGUACGAGAUGUACGGCUGCUACUGCGGACAGGAGGGCGGAGGUCAACCUCUGGACCAGCUGGACAGGUGUUGCUUCUUCCAUCACUGCUGCCUGAAGCAGAUCGGCUCGAUGGGCUGUCGGUCAGAGAGGAAGCUGAACGCUCAGAUCUCCUGCGAGAACCAGAAACCACGAUGUCAGGGCGUCUCCGUGUGUGACAAGCUUCAGUGUGUGUGUGAUAAAACCACGGCAGAGUGUAUGGCGGCGGCUCGCUUCAACCACAGCCUGCAGUUGCAGUGCCGCGGCCCAGCACCUCCCUGCCGCCGGGCCAGCAGACCCCCCAAACCACGGCCUCCCCCCCAAUCCAGCGAGGAGAGCGAGGAGCUGCAGGGAGGACGCUCGGACACGGAGAACCCCGACGGCCUGAAGGACACGUCAACGGAUCCAAACACGCCGCCGCUGCCGCCAGGGCGAUUCCAAGACAGCGAUGAGCACUCCGACCUGAAGGACCAGGACAAGUCAAAACCUCCUGCUGGGUCUUCAGGCGGCUCCACGCGCCCUGAUCCACCUCCUCCACCUCCUCCAUCCAGUGAGGAGAGCAGAGAGCCGCCGACACACAGCGGGAUUCAAACCCACGACCACAGGCCGAGUGCAGGGCAGAGCCAAGGGCACCGACCAGCAGGAGGGACGCCAGGAGGGAGCAUGGUGGGAGAAGAAGAGGAGGAGGAGGAGGGAGCAAUUCGACUGUUCGACCUGAAAGCGUCCGUCCGGAGCACUGACGGGAAGUCCGUCUUUGUGUUUUUAAAGCAGUUUUUGUGUCCAGCAUCGUGA